AUGACCUGUCAAAUAUGGCGGCUGUAGGCCAAUGUUUUGAAAACAUUGUUUUGUUGUCAUUGAGUUUUCAUAUUGUUCUGUUAUAAGUUGAUCUUAAAGUUGUGAGAUUUUUGUUUUCGUGACUGCAUCAAAUGAUUUUUAUAUUGUUUAGAGCUUAUUAGUGGUAUUCUCACGAAAAAAUUCCUUUGACAUGCCUUGUAGUUGAUUGUAGAAGUUGUUCCAACAGGGAUGAUGUAAAAUUCUUUUCAGUGCCUGCGGUUUUAAGCCACGGGUUUCUUACGGAUAAAAACGAAUUGUCUGAAAGGCGUAGGGCACUAUGGAUAGCAGCAAUUAAGAGGGACGAUCUUACUGAAUCGAAACUAAAGAAUCAGAGAGUCUGCAGUAAACAUUUUUAACUUGAAAACCUGCUGCUUUGGAAGAUGAAAAUCAUCCGGAUUGGGUUCCAUCACAGAAAAUGGGGCACAAAUCUCAUAGGAAACAGGCUGAUGUUGAGAGGAAAGGAAGAUUUGAUAAACAGAGGAAAUUGAGCAUUGAACACGCAGAUAUUGAUGUCGAACUUAAUUCAGAGGCUCCAGACCAUGGUAGUAACUUCGAUACUGGGGUUGCAUCUCAGACGGACAUUACUAUGGAAGAAUUAACUUUAAAAUUCGACCAAUUGAGUUUUGCCUCAAAAACGAUAGAAAGACUUGAAAAAAAAAUUGACACAUCGCCAUUUGGUCUCAGAGACGAUCCUAGUAAUGAUAUCAAAUGGAUUUACUAUACAGGUUUUUCGUAUACUUUUGUAGAAGGUAUAUUAUAUAAGAUUAUAGAAGAUGAUAUUCCCACAACAAGUAUUACUGCUCUCAGUUGUUUCAAUCUAUGCAAUGCUGGUCACAUUAUAAACACCACAACACUGUAA